AUGCGCUAUGCCACAAUAGUAUCCAGUCAAAUAGUAUGGCCAGCAUGCAAGCUUCCAUUUACGAACUGCCGAAACACGCGACAGAGAAACGUUCGUUGGAAUCAAUCGAACAGAGUUUCGCCUCAUUGUUUGUCAUAUUGACCACAUUUUCUGGAAUAAUAUUGGCACGUGUUGUAAUCCAAAGACUGAAACAAAGUCUGACCGUAAACUAUUUGCUGGAAUUCCCGUUAAUUGUGUUGCCGACCGUGCUGUUUGUCACAGUGGCCAAUGGCUAUAGUGGUCAAUUUGUGGGAUUGAUGAUCGUGCUCUCCUUUUGGUUUAUCCUACGUACAAGAGCCUUAUCCCGUGCCAAAUGCCGAGCUCAUUUUGAUUUGGGAAGUCGGGUUCACGCUCUGACCAUUGUCCGAGCGCUGACUCAUCUGAUUACGGCCGUCUGCAUAUUGGCCAUUGAUUUCAAGAGUUUCCAUCGACCCUAUCGCAAGAGUCGUCUGUUUGGUGCUCAGCUCAUGGACACGGGCAUUGGAUUGUUUGUCGUCACAAUGGGAUUGGUUUCACGCCGGAGUCGCAACAGCAACGAUUUACGGCGUAGUCUUCUACGAUCGGCAUUGCCUCUUAUACUGCUCGGGAUUGCACGAGUUGUCGCCAUUGUGACAAUUGGUUACGGGCAGGAUGAGCAUGAGUAUGGACAGCAUUUGAAUGCCUUCUUCACGUUGGGCUUUACCAAGCUUAUGGGCAGCGUGCUCAGUUUAGUGGCCCGUAGUGAUACGCAGCUCCUCCCAUUGGCUAUCGUUGUCAUUGUUACCCAUCAACUGAGCUUAAGUGUUGGCGGCAUCUCUGACUAUGUGAUGGAUGAUGAUUUGCCGCGUUCCACGUUGUUCAGCGCCAAUCGGGAGGGACUUCUCUCGCUGCCUGGAUUUGUCGCCAUCUAUCUGCUCUCCAUAUGCUUAAAUAGAUGGCUGGUCUCCAAAACCCUGCUGACUUAUGGAGAGAUUAUUGCAAAGCUGCGUGGACUGCUUAUCAUGGCGCUAAAUUGUUGGGGAUUUACCAUGGCCAGUGCCUUGACCGUGGGCAUCUCACGAGUUACUUGCAAUUUGGGUUACAUCUUCUGGAUGUUUGCCAUCAUGAGCACAAUGGUUGGCCUAAGCAUAUUCAUCUUUGACCUGAUUAUCAACAACAAUUCGGCUGCGGAUGAAGGCGAUAGAUUGGAGCAGGGUUCUACGGUUGCUAUUAUGGCGGAGCCGAGUCCGGAGGGCAGCAGGGGUCUACAUGUCAUCUGUGAGUCCUUGAAUCUGAACGGACUCACCUUCUUUCUGCUGGCCAAUGUUUCGACGGGUUGUGUCAAUAUCUUUCUCAAGCCGGAGGAUCGCUCCGAUCCGGCUUCUGUCGUUAUCCUCACCGCCUACAUGUUCCUGGUCACUUUUGCCGCAUUUCUGCUCUAUGAAAGGCGCAUUCGCAUUGCGUGAAACCUGUACCUGAACCACAAAUUUGCCAAUUUAUUCUAGCUUCUGUGAUAAAGCUAUGGAAGUAAACAUUUAUUUAACAGAUA